AUGGCUCGCCGGCUCAUCUGGCAAGCCCUCCUCGGCGUCACACUCAUUUGCGCCGCCGCACUCUUUCUCUGGCUGGCCACGGCGGAAACUCCGCUGUACAAGUUUGUCCCUGCUGCUCUGGAUCGCCACUCGCAGCCGGAAGCAGCAGCUCCUCCUUCAAAGUUCUACCAAUUCGACACAACCUCCCAAUUCUUGCUGGGUGGCAGCGCAACAGACCAUUCCAAGGAAACCCUGUGCAAAUCGUUUCCUCAUGAAUUGCUUCGCGACAUUCAGCCUGUCCUGAAGACCGGCCAUGGCGUCGUUCAUUCGAGAGUGCAGAACUCAAUCGACAGCUGCUCUGCCUGCCUCGACAAUGUAUUGAUACUCUCUGAUUUUGAUGAAGAGUUGAAUGGUCGCGCCGUGAUUGAUGUUAUUGGAGACCUCCCUCCUGCCGAUCUCGAACAAGAACAGCUAGUGCCAUACAAGGCGCUCAACGGACUUCCAGUCAACGGCACCAUUCUGGACUCCAACAUAUCCAAUGGAGAAGCCUGGGGGUUGGACAAAUUCAAGUUCCUGCUGGGCAUCAGUCGAGCGUGGCAAAUGCGUCCGGAGCGACGCUGGUAUGUCUUUUACGAAGGCGACACCUUCGUAGUGUGGGAUAAUGUCUUCAGGUUUCUUGAGAAUUUCGAUCCGGACACACCACAUUAUUUUGGAUCACCUUCACCAGGCCGAAGGGAUCAUGAUACAGUGACCUGGUUCGCAAAUGGUGGUCCGGGGUACAUCCUCAGCCGAGCAGCCAUGAAAAGGCUCAUCAAGGACGACUGGGACAAGACUACGGGCGUCUAUCUUGGCAGCAAGCUCACUUCCAAGUACCGGGGCGAUUUGCUAGGCGACUGUUGUGGCGACAGCAUUCUUGGGUGGGCUCUUUGGAAGGCAGGGGUUUCCCUUGAGGGCAUUUGGCCGAGUAUGAAUCCGCAUCCUGUUCACGGGGUACCAUUCUCGGAUCUGCAUUGGUGUCAGCCUGUGCUUAGCAUGCACAAACUACACGAAAAGGAUAUGUUAGAUCUGUGGCAAUGGGAAUGGACCAAUCGACAAAGACACCGACCUCUUUUGUACCGUGAUCUUGCCAUGACCUUCCUCGACUUGACCAAUACGACCAUACGUCAAGAUUGGGACAAUGCAGAUUGGGACGGGUUUCCUGCACCCGAUGAAGGCAAUCCCCAUGCUUCAACCGACGCAUGUGCACUGGCAUGUCAGAAUCACGGCGGAUGCUUUCAAUGGACGUACAACCGUCGAAGAUGCACCUUUGUGAGAUCUUUUCGCUUGGGCGGUGCCAAAGAACCUUUUGUGAGCAAAGGGCCGGAAGACGAGGUUUGGAGCGCAGAGGAGCGGAGAUUCACAGCCGGCUGGGCUACGACUAAGAUUCAGAAAUGGGCCGAUGAGAGACCAUGCGAUGUAAUCGAAUGGGUUCGGCCUAGUAUCGAGAGGRUACUAUAG